AAAAUCAGCUCUGACACCUUCAUCAUUUCACAUUGACAGUAAAAAAAGAUUUAAAAUGAAACCCCACAAUAUCAAGGUCUUAAUGUUUUGUGUAUAAAGCUCAAAAUUCUUUACUAAAAAGCAGAUCCUACUUGUGUAGUCUCUUAUAUGAAAUGUUAAUUUUCUUAUUAGCUAAAUGAUUACCUGCAACUACAAAAUAGCUGUAUAUAUCUUUUUAAUAUCUAGAAAAUAUAUUGAAAACAAGGCAUGUGAGACAUCAUAGAAAUCAGCUGUAAAGAAUCCAAAUAUUGAUAUAAUUAAUAAAUCUAUGCAUCGAUUUUGGAUUAAAUGUGAAAUAUUUAUAUUUUAUCCUGACACAAUUACAUGAUAAAGCACAGUGAAUCUACUGCUUACAGUAUGUUGAAAAGUGAAAAUCAGCUCUGAAACCUUCAUCAUUUCAUUUUAACAGAAAAACCCACACUGACUGUGAGAGUGAAUCCACAGAGCUCCGUCUACGCUGAAGACACCAUCACUCUGAGCUGUGAGCUGCAGAAGACGACUGGAAGGAAGUUUUUCUGGUACAAAAAUUCCAAGCUUGUGAACACUGAAGUUACCAACACACUCAGUGUGAGAUUUGAUAACGCAGAAGAAACAGUGUAUCGAUGUUGUGCAAGCAGAUCAAGCUACUACCAUAACAACUACAACUACUACUACACAAGACUCAGUGAUUCUGUCACCAUUACAGCAACAGAAAAACCCAUACUGACUGUGAGAGUGAAUCCACAGAGCUCCAUCUACGCUGAAGACACCAUCACUCUGAGCUGUGAGCUGCAGGAGACGACUGGAAGGAAGUUUUUCUGGUACAAAAAUUCCAAGCUUGUGAACACUGAAGUUACCAACACACUCCGUGUGAGAUUUGAUUAUGCAGAAGAAACAGUGUAUCAAUGUUGUGCAAGCAGAUCAAGCUACUACCAUAACAACUACAACUACCCCUACACAAGACUCAGUGAUUCUGUCACCAUUACAGCAACAGAAAAACCCAAACCAACUGUGAAAGUGAAUCCUCAGGGCUUCAUCCAAACUGCAAACACCAUCAUACUGCACUGUGAGCUGGAGGAGGCUAAAGGAUGGACGUUUUUAUGGCUCAAAAAUUCACAGGUUUUGAAAAAUGAAGCCACCAACACACUCAGUGUGAGAGUGGAUAAUGCAGGAAAACAGUGUAUCAGUGUCGUUCAAGACGGACAAUCUACAAUAACAACUAUAACAACUACUACUACUACACAAGGCUCAGUGAUUCUUUCACAAUUACAGCAAACGAAAAACCCAAACCAACUGUGAGAGUGAAUCCUCCAACCAUCUACACUGGAGACACCAUCACUCUGAGCUGUGAGCUGCGGGAGACGACAGGAUGGAACUUUUCCUGGUACAAACAUUCCCAGCUUGUGAACACUACAGCUACCAACACACUCAGCGUGAGUGUCAAUGAUGCAGGAGAAACAGUGUAUCAGUGUCGUGCAAGCAAGACCAUCUACAACAAUUAUAACAGCUAUGACUACUACUACACAAGAUUUAGUGAUUCUGUCACCAUUAAAGCAAAAGUAAAUCCCAAACCAACUGUGAGAGUGAAUCCACCAACCAUCUACACUGGAGACACCAUCACUCUGAGCUGUGAGCUGCAGGAGAUGACAGGAUGGAACAUUUCCUGGUACAGACAUUCCCAGCUUGUGAACACUGCAGCUACCAACACACUCAGCGUGAGUGUCAAUGAUGCAGGAGAAACAGUGUAUCAGUGUCAUGCAAGCAAGACCAUCUACAACAAUUAUAACAGCUAUGACUACUACUACACAAGACUCAGUGAUUCUGUCACCAUUACAGCAAAAGGUGAAUCUCCUCCAGUGUCUCUGAUCAUCAGUCCCAGCAGAACUCAACACUUUACUCGUGACUCUCUCUCACUGAGCUGUGAGGACCAGAGUAACUCUACUGGAUGGACAGUGAGACGAUACACAGGCAGAAAGAGAGUGUUAGAUUGUUCACAGUGGGGAUCAGUUACAAGAUCUACAUGUAAAUUCAGCUUCCUCAACCAAUCUUACACUGGAGUUUAUUGGUGUGAGUCUGAAUCUGGAGAAAACAGUAAUACUGUCAACAUCACAGUUCAUGAUGGAGAUGUGAUCCUGGAGAGUCCUGUCCAUCCUGUGACUGAGGGAGAUCCUCUGACUCUACACUGUUUAUAUCGUAACACAAAUCCCUCAAACCUCCGAGCUGAUUUCUAUAAAGAUGGAUCAGUUGUCCAGAACCAGACUACAGGAGAGAUGAUCAUCCAUAAAGUCUCAAAGUCGGAUGAAGGUUUCUACCACUGUAAACAUCCAGAGAGAGGAGAGUCACCGAGAAGCUGGAUCUCAGUCAGACGCUCUAGAUCGAGUGGUAAAACAGUACAAGUGUCUGUGGUACUGAGUUUGGUGUGUUUCUUCAUUGUAAUACUGAUCUUAAUGCUCCUGCUGUGGUACAACACAAUAAAGAAAGACAAACAGAAAACCAAGCAGAGGCGCUCAGGAGCUGAAGACUCUCUAUCAGGACAAACAUCACUUCAGCCUGGAAAUGAACAUAUUUAUGCCACUGUGGAUCAGGCAGGUAUCAGUGGACCAGGUGAAACUGCAUCUGAGAGCGGAGAAGCCACUUACGCACAAGUCACGAAGAAAAAGACGACAAACAGGAACAAUGGCGCUAAUGCUGAACUCUGCCUUAAUGAUGUGACUUACGCUGAGAUUCAACUAUAUCCAAUAAGAAAAGUGAAGAAAGCACAAGAAAAGAGCAGUGUGGCUGAAGAUACUGUUUACUCAGAGCUGCAUCAGAACAUGAAGUAAACUGCAACUGAAGAAUCUCCAGAGAGCUGAACAACUUUUGAAGGAAUUGAAAGAAAUGUUUGUCUUUUUUUUUUUUUAAUGCUUAGCUGCUACACUAUUAAAUGGCUAAUUUAAGAUUGUAUUAUGCUCAAAACUUUUAGUUGUUGUUAGAACUUUCAUACAUUGACCAUUCACUGAUGAACCUUCAGAAAUACAAAAGCAGGUCUCCCUGAAGAGGUGUGUAAAUCACAGAAGUUUAGGACAUGUCAUAUCAAGAUCAAGUCAUUCUUUGGCAUUCAAGGCCUUUUCAGAAUGGCUUAACUCAAUGUUUGGACCUGCUUAAGAAUCUUGUGAUAUGAUUUUGUCAGUGUCAACCUUUUUUUGCCCACCAGAUGUCACUGUUUCCUCAUUUGUACCUUCUUUCGAAUGCUUAUUUUUUUAAUAUUCUGUCCUCUCCUGUCUCAUAUCUCUGUUGGGUCUUUGAUUUUGUCUUGUCAAACUCUCAUUUAUGUUUUCUUAUGACUCCAACCAUUUUUUUUUCUCUGUCUAUAUACAUUUUUGCUUUUUAUCCUGACACUCUAGUUUAUACUUAUAGUAAACUAGUACUAUAGUUUGUGAUGAUUUUCUAAUUUCUAAUUUAAAUAUUUCUAAUAUAAUAUAUUUUUUCUUUUUAUGCCAAGUUUUUAAAUAUAUGGGUGCAUAUACAACAUACAGUCAAGAAAAUAUUUUGUCAACUGUUCAAUAGAGCAACAAAUAAAAAGCCAUGUUUAGCUGGAAUGAAUUUCAGAGCUAUAAAAAGGUUAAAUUAAAUUUAUUUGCACCUUCUCUUGCAUUACUAACUUCACCUUGUGGAAUGAAGACUCUAGUAAAUGCCUUGAGAACUUCUCACUUCUUAAAAGUCUUAUAUUUUGGAAUAAAGUUUAAGAAAACAAUAUGAAUGCAAAUUUGAUUAAUUCCUGAGUAUUUUUGUAUGAAGGGACAUGUAUAAUACUUUUUGAAUGUCAAAAUGUAUCCUUUAGCCGUACUUUAUAAUACAUGUAUGUAGUACCUGGUAGAUGUUAAGUACAAACUGAAUUCAGUUCCUGUAAUAUAGAGAAAAGUCAUUCCUCUUUAUUUCUUACAUCACAACAUGAAGGACAAAUUACAUUUACUUAUUCACUCAAUCUACAGCAGAAUAUUGUAUAGCACUAUUAUUAGUGGUAUAUAUACCACUAGAGGGCGAAAAAGAUGUGGUGUUUACUAUUCAACUGCUGGAUUUCCUUCUUCACCCUCAAAAACACAAAAUGUGUAUUUCCA